AUAGGCGAAGGACGACAAGAUGGCCGAAGCAAUGGAGACAGAAAAUAUCCCAGAUCAGGGAGCUGCAGAAGUCCAAGCUGGCAGAAGAACUAGACUUAUGAUCUCAAAGAUAGUAUGUGAAAAUUUCAAGUCGUAUGCUGAAGCUAAAGUGCUCGGACCGUUCCACAAGUCUUUUAGCUCGAUUGUUGGACCAAAUGGUAGCGGUAAAUCCAAUGUUAUCGAUGCAAUGCUUUUCGUGUUUGGCUACCGGUCAAAAAUGAUCCGAACAAAGAAGGUGUCUCAACUAAUUCACAAUUCGUCUACCUAUCCCAAUUGCACAUUCUGUAGCGUGUACGUUCAUUUCCAAAAGAUAAUUGCUGAGAAAGAAGAUGACCCAGAUUACCUUGAAGUAGUCCCAAACAGUGAAUUUGUGAUCUCCCGUACAGCCCGUAAAGAUAAUUCCUCUGAUUACUACAUUAAUAACUGCAAGAGACCAUUUAAGGAAGUAGCUGCGCUUUUGAGGUCUUCUGGAAUUGACUUGGAUCACAAUAGGUUCUUGAUUCUUCAGGGUGAGGUAGAACAGAUUGCUAUGAUGAAGCCCAAGGCUGUUUCAGAGCAUGAAGACGGAAUGUUGGAAUACUUAGAAGAUAUCAUUGGUUCAAACAAAUAUAAAGAACCAAUUGAAGAACUUGCGAAAGAAGUAGAGGCACUCAGUGAGGUCAGGGCUGAAAAGUUGAAUCGUGUAAAAGCAGUAGAAAAAGAAAAGAAUGAGCUGCAAGGAUCCAAAGAUGAGGCAGUAGAAUAUAUCAACAUGGAAAAUAACAUAACAAAACAGAAAAAUGUUUUGUAUCAAAAAUAUGUUGAGGAAUGCUUAAAAAAUGAGGAGAAAGCUGCAGAGAAGAGCAAUGAAGUUAAAGCAGGAUUUGAAGAUAUACACAAAGAGAUGAAAGAAAUCACAAAUCAAAAGAAAGCCAAAGAAAAGGAACACAAUAAGACAAAAAGGCAAUAUGAUGAACUUUUGAGAGUUGCUGAAAACACAAAGAAAAAUUUUUUAGAUUUUGAAAAAGAAGAUGUCAAACUUAGAGAGGACCUAGCUUAUUCCCAGGACAAUGUUAAGAAACUAAAAAGUAGUCUGGGAAAAGAAAAAGCCAAGGGUGAAAAAUUACAAAAAGAUGGUGAAGCAAAUGAAAAACGAGUUGCUGAACUGACUGCCAAAAAAGAGCAAUUAGAGGCUCAGAAAGUGAAAGAGGAAGAUAAACUUGCUGAAGUAAUGGAAGGUCUUAAAACUGAAACUCAAGGACUUCAAGUUGAAAAAGAAGAAAGAGAAACAGAAUUAAUGGACAAAAAGAAAGUUGCUAAUGAUGCCAAGUCAAAGAUGGAUGUUGCUCAAAGUGAGCUUGAAGUGUACAAAAGCCGAUAUGAAAGUACAAUGUCCCAGCUUAGAGAWGUGAGGAAUAAACUKGAAUCAGCUACGCAAAAAUUUCAGCAAAGGAAUAGUGAAAUUAAGUCAUUAGAAGAAGAAAUACCGGCAGCAAAAAAAUCAUAUGCUAACACUGAAAAAGAGCUUGAAAAAGCAAUUCAGAAAGAGGAGAAAUCCACACAAGAGAUGAGGUCACUUGAAAGGAACCUGGUAAUGGCAAAGAGCUCACUUGAAGCAUCUCGCAAUAGAGGAGUUAUUCUAAAGGCUUUGAUGAAACAGAAGGAGUUAGGCAAUAUCCAAGGAAUAUAUGGCAGACUGGGUGAUCUUGGUGCCAUUGAUGAUAAAUAUGAUAUUGCAAUCAGUACAUGCUGUGGAGCUCUAGAUAACAUAGUUUGUGAUACCAUAGAAACAGCUCAAAAAUGUUUACGGUAUGUUAAGGAUCAAAAGCUUGGAAUGGUCACCUUAAUUUGUCUUGAUAAGAUGGAUCAGUGGAAAAAACAAGCUUCURUCCCRAUACAGACCCCAGACAAUGUCCCUCGAUUGUAUGAUUUAGUACGUGUGGAAGAUCCUAAAAUAGCUCCAGCAUUCUACURUGCCUUGAGGAACACACUUGUUGCAGACAACCUCGACAUUGCUACUAAAAUUGGUUUACAGGGAARCCAAAGGUGGCGGGUUGUAACAUUGCAGGGAGCACUAAUUGAAUURUCAGGAUGCAUGAGUGGAGGUGGAAAUAAUGUGGCCAAAGGGAGGAUGCAUUCGUCAAUUGUGACUAAUGUAAGUCARCAAGAGCUUGUUGAUAUGGAGAAAGAAUUGGAACACAGUAAGCAGGAGUCUGAGAAAUAUCGCAAGUCCAAGGAGAACCUUGAAGAUACACUAAGUCAACUCAAGAAGAAGAUAUCUGCAAUGGAGCUUCAAUUACGUAAGGAUAAGAUGGAUGUUGCUGCACUAAAAGAACAAGAAGUGACCUUAAAUGAACAGAUUACUCGCUUGAAGAAAGAAGCUGAGAAKAGAACRCCUGAUAAAGCAAAACUCAAAGAACUCGAGACUGCUGUUGAGAAAUUCCAAAARGAAUGGAAUAAGGCAAACACMGCAGCGUCCAAGAUAGAGAAUGAAGUGCAGGCUUUGAAYAAGAAGAUUAUGGACAUUGGUGGGGCAAAAAUGAAGGGACAGCAGGCACGUUUAGAUACAGCAGUCAAAGCUAUAGAUGAGGUCCAAGGUCAGAUAACUAAAGCAAAUGUUGGCAUCAAGACAGCACAAAGGAAUAUGAAGAARACUGAGGACAAAGUAGAGUCUUUGGAGAAAGAAAUAGAAGAAACUAAUGAAAAAAUCAAGAACAUGAAGGAGGAGCUUCAAACUCUUGAGCAAAAAGCACUAAAGGUUCAGGAUGCUCAAGUUAAUGCAGAGAAACAAUUGAAAGAAAUAGAGCAAGUGCUUAAAAAAAGUGUGAAUGAAUAUGCUGCUGUAGAGGCUAAAGAGCAGGYAUUACGAGAGAAAGAAGUUGACAUAAAGCAUGAGGUGGAGAAGUUUGACGGUAUCUUGAAAGAGAACCAGCAGAAAGUUAAACAUUGGAAAAAAGAGUUAAGUAAGCUGUGCCUUCAAUCAAUUGGUUUGUCUGAUCAACAAGAGGAAUCCACCCUACCCACCUUAACCCCUGAACAACUUGAGAGUAUUGACAAGGAUACAGCGUCUUAUGAAAUAACUGUUGAAGAAGAGAGGCUUAGACAGAUAAAGCCAAACAUGGCUGCCAUUGCUGAGUACCGUAAGAAAGUAAGAAGAGCAAUAUUUCUAUGA